UAUUUCCCUCUGGGUGGGCUGUAAUGGCUUUCCAUGACAGGAAACAAAAGACGUUGGUAGGUCGACCACAGGGGUGGAUGGAGUGGCGAGAUAUCUCAAGUUGUGUGCAGAGGCCAGUAACGUCACACACUGUAGACCACAGUGAGAGAAGAGUGGGAUUUCCUCAACGGGUCUUUCUUGAGCUGCCGACGCCCCCCCUACACAGUUUCUCUGUUUGUAAUAAACAGAUGUCAGUGUGGCAUCGUCUUUGUUGGAGAGUGCUUUCACUUUCCUCACAGCGUGCGAUGAUGAGUCACAGCGGUGUAUUCUGGGGGAAUUUAACCUCAGAGUGGGGGAGUUUCCACUGCAGCAGGGGCGGAGCCAUCGUGACGAGAGUAUUACUUCACAGUUUUGCUCCUGGGAAAGUUGUCUGCUUUUCCUCAUCGGCAACAAACAAGUGUGGUAAUAUGAAGUUGCCCGAGCUGGAGGACUCUAUCAGUCGGUUCAGGUUUGCUGAGUCCUGUUUGGGGAUGGCAGGCUGCCUGUGUGUAUGCUAUGCUGUGUGGACCCCGUUCUGGCUGGCGGACAGGGGACUCUGGGCAGAAUGGAAUAACACAGAACAUCAGCAAGCAGGGGAUCACAUCGGCUCGAUCGUCUUUAAUGCCUUGGAGGCUGAGAGAGUUUUUGGGGUUCUCUCUUGCCUCAUGGCCUUGAGCUCAGGUGCUCUGUGUCUUGUGUUUGCCCUCUGCUGGACAUCGGAGACGGUGCGCUCCUACUCCAACACCCGCUCUCUCCUCAUGGCAGGACAGGCGCUUUACCCCACCACCCUGCUGCUCCUCACUUUAGUCUGUACAGGUUUCUUCUUCCUCCUCAGCUGGUCUCUCUUCACCUAUCAACACCGGGAUCAAAUCCGCCUGGACUUGUCCUCCCUUGGCUCUUCUUAUUGGCUGGGAGCUCUGGGUUGGGCGCUGCUCCUGGUUGUUGAGCCAAUAGUCUUCCUAGUUGAACAAUGUAUCGUGCCAGACAUCCUUCCAGAUCUAGAGAGGGCCGUGGAGUCGUGGCGGGCCACCUCUCAACUCAAGUCCAUGCACCGUCCUUUCAGUGAGGGCUAUUUCCCUGCUAACAAGGACAAAAGCAGUGUCGCGCCAAGGGGGUACAUGUCAUCGCUUUGAGUGGACUGAAGAAACGAGGACAUGAUGGAGAAGAUUAAUGAGAAUGUAGAGAGUAAACAUUUUGGCACAAAGACUGGGCUGAUGAGAGACUGAACAUUCCUCGCUGCUCAACAGAAAAUACAACAAGAUUGAACAUUGAUUCAUUCCAAUAGUUUCAUCUGGUGUGUAGUUAAUUGCAAGCUAGAGGAAUUAGGAGUCCCUGAAUCCUGAACAUCUGUGGAGCUGGAGGCUGUCGCUGUGUUACUGCAGGGCUCUUUAUGCUCAUGUUCAUCUGCCAGUUUGUUGUCAGAAUGGGUGGACCUCAGCUAGAACAAAGAGUCUGGUCACAGGUACACAGGGCCAGCGAUACUGACUGAAAGACAACAUGCCGAGUUGUUUUGAGCCAAAUGGAAAAUGAGAACUAGUCUCACAAACCAGUGUUUUGAGCAAUUUUUUGGGGAUGGUGCUGGAAUUUUUCCCCAGAGAUCCAGGUUUGGCAUCUGCUCCUUGCCCAGUACCAGAAACAGGACCUGUAGCUUUGCUACCUGCAAUGUGAAUAUUUAAAUGAUAACAUAUGGACAGUUGUGCUGCACUUUCAACUGAUGUAAUUAUUUUGUGGGGAUUGUCCAGAGGCCAGCUGACUUGAUUUCAGUUUAUUGAAGCAUUUCUUUUUGGAAGACCAGCACAGGCCAGUGAAUGUAAAGAAAACACUGUCAUGAAACACACUUUUUAAAUUUCAUUUUAUUUUUCUGUAGGAAGUGCACUGUACAUGGAGUAUAGGAAUGGUAAACCAGCGCCCUCAUGUGGUGUUUUAUCGGUGGUUUUUAACCCAAGUGUAAAAUGUUUCAUUUGAGGAAGGAUGAAAGGUGAGGUGCAGGCUUAAAUUAAAGGCACAUUAUUCUAAAUAUUCCUGUAAGAUCUUUUUUUUUUCCCCCAACACAUAUUCUACUUUGUUGGGGAUAUUGAAAAGUAAUCUUGAAAUGUAUGUAUGGCACAGUCUUAAAUAAAUGACACAUCAUAAAUGUUCCUACA